GUCAGCGCUUCGGCGUGACGUCACAGGCGGGAGUGUAAUGGCCGAUGUGUCAGAGGUAGCGCUGGACACCAUGAAGACUUUUCAGUCAGGAUACGAAAAAAUCGACCGUGAAACGAGCCGAUAUCCCUUCUGUAUCGUGUGGACUCCGAUUCCCGGGCUGACGUGGUUCCUGCCGUUUAUUGGUCACAUGGGAAUCUGUACCUCUACAGGAGUGAUCCGAGAUUUCGCAGGACCGUACUUUGUGUCUGAGGACAACAUGGCGUUUGGGAAACCCACAAAGUUCUGGAAGUUGGAUAAGAAUAAAGUGUAUGGUGGAGGUCAGAGUGCGUGGGACGCUGCAGUACACGACGCCUCAGAAGAGUACAAACACAGAAUGCACAAUCUCUGCUGUGAUAAUUGUCACUCUCACGUUGCCAUGGCGCUGAAUCUGAUGCGUUAUGACAACAGCACAUCGUGGAACAUGGUCAAGCUGUGUGUCCUGUGCUUCAUCUACAGCAAACACGUCAGUUUUCUGGGUUUCCUGAAGACGUGGCUACCAUUCCUGAUGAUCUGUGGCAUCAUUGUCACCGUCACACUCGCCUUCAAGGUAGACCACAGCGGCUAAUACCUCAGAGACAUCACACAGACCAUCAGGGGGCACUGCAGGGCAAUACACACACACACACACACACACAGUGCCACUCUGAGGUGUGUGUCUGUACAUAUCACAUUCAGGGGCUUCCAUAUGAACAUCACUGUAAGAGAUCAGGGUUGUAUCUCAAACACUGUGUGGAAAGGAGUGUGUUUAUUUCCCAUAAUGCAACACACAUAUACACAGGGUGUUGUUAAUAAAGCUUUAAAGUGACUGUAACUGUAACACUUCAUUACACACUGGUGCUUGGGACCCAGCCGGACAGUGUGACCGCACCGAGAGACUUUUGUUCCUGUGGGUUUUUCCCAAUAUAAUAUCACAAGGGCCAAAAACAUGUCUGUGAUCUUUUAUUUAAAUUGGUUUAAUUCUCAGUCUGUGAUGGUUUAGUCUUUAUUAUUUAAGGAUUGUGAUGAGUGAGGUGUGUGUCUGUGUGUGUGUUUUAUUUUACGAACACGGAGAGAUUUUAUUUUAUUUAAAAAUGUGACAGAAGUGUAUUAACAUCUCCUUCAGACUGAAGAUCUGAAUCAAAUCUGAAUCAAACACACACACACACACCUCUGUGUACAUCAUUCAUCUCACAGAAUGUAACUUUGUAAAAAUGACAUGUUUUACACAGAGGUUUGUUUGUAAAGGUUUUUCCUGAUUCUCAGUAAUCCUCAGAGCUACUGCUGACGUCACAAACACACCAUCAGUCCUGCUCUCCUCAUUAAACUCUCUCAUUCUCAUACUUUAUAAACCUGUCACAUGACUCAGACAAGUCAGAUCUCCACUUCUGUUUGUAUUUCUGUGUGUGUGUGGUGUAGGAUGUGGGACAGAACACGGAAUUCUCUCACUUUUCUAUCGCUUAAAUUUAAUUCAACUUUGUCAUUGUACUUUUAUAUACUGUGUGUGUUUGAGUUGAAAUACACUGAUAUCGCCGAAA